AACGCAUUGCAACGCACAACGAGUUGUUAUCUCGACGAGCUGGCAACGCCGCGCAGUAGCACGGUCGGAACGAGCUUCGCCUGCUCUCGCGACGUUGUCGCUCCGUCCGACACCGGUCUCGGCGCUCUCGCCCUCGUUGCGCAGUCUCGCUAGAGCGCUUUCUAAAUUACAACGUCAAUUUCGAUAUGGAAUCGAAUUCGAAUAGUUCCUGUGAUAUUGUCUAUCCAAAAUUAGAAGUCGAUUUGGAUAAUGACAUCAUAAGUAGAAGAGAAGCGCGGCUCCAGUGGAAUUCAGACAUGACCAUGCAAUUGAUUCAGACACUGGAAAAGGAAUGUCCGGAGUUGUGGGACACAAAACAUCCAUUGAACAGGGAGCGGUCUGCGCGUCAGUUGAAAUUAGAGUACAUGGCGGACAUUUUCGGGACGACAUCGGAAGAGAUAAGCAGAAAAAUACAUAAUUUGCGGACGCAAUUGAACAAUGAACUGCGGAAGAUCAAAAAGAGGUCGAUCGGGGAAGCUGUCGCCGCCGGAGGGAGCGGUUGGGAGUAUUUUGAAGCCCUCUCGUUUCUACGUUCGCCCACUACAGAUCCGCUCGACGUAAUGGACGCAGUUAAUGUCGAGUUAGCUGAAUUUCAAGCGAAAGAAGAGCAAGAAUUCGGAGCCGCCAGAGCGAAGAGUGCGUCAGCAACUACAGUACCAGUAGCUGCCUCUAGUCCGCCCAUUAAACCCAAGAAUAAGAUGAGGGUAGCCGCCUCAGGGCCCCCACCCCUGCCAUUGAGCGCGCAUCCUUUGAUGUGGCAGGAGGACGCAGUGCCGAAACUACGGCCCAGUCUUGACGCUGAUGAAUGUCAGAUAUUUGGCGACUUCGUAGCUUCAGAACUAAGGACACUGCGUUCGAAUGAGUCUCGCAAAAAACUGAAACGGAUGAUCCAGAAGGCGAUCCUUCAGGUCGGUGAGGAGGAGGACGUGAAUAUAAUCACUGGAUAGCGGGCGGCCCGCUCCUACGAACGCUUUCUCCUCUCCGGUUGAAGCAUGUAUGAGCGGUAAACGAAUCACAUGAUCGGUAUGGAGCUUCGUUGCGAAGAUAACACAGAUAAAUUUCCUAAUCAAAAUAAAACAGUAUUACGAGAAAACUUCAGAUGUGGAAUUGGGCUAUUGCUGAACUCGUUGUGACAGUACUAACCACGGAAAUAGGUUCGAGAGGGUGCGUCUGGGAUGCAGGAUAAUCCAUUAAUCAAUGUAGAAUUUUAGACAUUAAUGUGUAUGCUUAAUAAAGUAGGAUAACACGUGUAGAUGCUACUUUCAAAUGUUUGUCUGCCUUAAUUAUAUUUAGUAUAAAAUCAAUUCAAUAAUUCCGUGUAAGUGAUAUUUAAUGGGGCUUUUAGUGAACUGUUUUACUGCCUGUAAUAAACUUGUAACCAUUAAUUAUUAA